UUUAUUUAUUUAUUUAUUAGGAGUAUUAUUAUUAGUUUGAUCCCCCCUCAUCACAUACCAUGAUACCAAGUGUGUAGUGAGAGUAGAGCUUGCCUAGCCCAAACCAAACUCCAAAGCAGCUGCCAAUCCCUUUUAUAAUUUCACACUCUUUCUGACACUCAGUCAUUGGCAUGGCAUCCAUUUUCUUGCACCCAUUUAAACCUCAUUCUUACUUUCUUGUGUUUGAUUCUCCCCUUCCUUGUAAUUAACUCUACUAUUCCCUUUUCCCUUUCUUAAUCUCUUUGCUUUUUACUAAAACCCUUUGUCCUUUUUCAUCUCUUUCUCCCUUUCUUGAAGAAAAGAGGGAAACCCCAGAAGCUAAAGCUUCUACUAAUCCACCAAAACAGCUUAUUUUAACAUAAAUCCAACUAAAUUAGCUUUAGAAAUAGUUCAUCUUUGCUAAAAAUUCCAAAUUUCACAGAUCUACUGUCUUAACUCAAACCCUGCUUUAUGUUUAAAAGGGUUUUAGUUUAGCAGCUUCUUUUUGUAAAGAUUAACAUAAAACAGAAAUUAUUUUAUAAACCCAUUUUUUUCUUUAUAGGAAUUUAGAAAGUUUUACAUUUUUUCUGCUUGAUGGGUUUGUUAAAAAACCCUUAAAUUUUUGUGCUUUAGCUAAUGGUUUCAGGAAAAAAUUUGGUUUUUUGAAUUGGGGUUUUCAUUGUUUUUGUUCUUUUUGGCUCCAAGUUGGGCCUUUACACUUACAUUUACAUGAAGGUUGAUUUUGAAAGAAAUAUUAAUAGAAGAAAAAGAUGAUUCAGUUGUUGUUUGUAGUUCUGUUUAUGGAGGGUGCUGUGGCAUUUCUUAUGUUGGUGAAGAUUGGACCAUUAAGAGAGUUGGUAAUGAAGUGCUUGGAUCAAGUGAAAAUGGGAAAAGGUCCAGCAACUGUUAAAACAAUUGCUGGUACAAUGUCUGUGAUUUUGGCUUCAAGUAUUAUGAGCAUUUUCAAGAUCCAGAAUAAAGGUGCUAAACUUGGUACUAUGUCACCCAUGGAUCAAGUCCUUUGGAGGACCCACUUGCUUGAGGCUUCACUUAUGGGAUUCACUUUAUUUCUCGGCUUCUUGAUUGACCGUAUGCACCAUUAUCUCCGCAAGCUCAUCAACAUUAGAAGCAAGGUUGCAACAUCUAAAGAAGAAGUCGAGAAGCUCGAGAAGGAAAACCAACGGCUCAAGGAUCAGGAAGAGAAAAUCUCGAAAGAAUUGACAGCUCUACAAAAGCAACAGUCAAAAUUAGCGAACGAAAUAAAGAUUCUAAAGGUGGAAUCACAAGAGAAAGACAAGCAGAUCGAGACAGAGACAGCUCACGUAGUUGCCCUCCAGAAACAAUCGGCUGAUUUGCUCCUUGAGUACGAUCAUCUUUUAGAGGAAAAUCAACACCUUCAGAUGCAACUUUCAAGUAAGUGACGAUGCAAGUCUGAAGAAUUUUGUUCGAGUCCAUACAAACAAUUCGAGAUUCUUUUAGAAAUGUGUUUUUCAUUCUAUUGCCUUAGAAAUGGCGAGGGGGAUCCCUUCUUUUCCGUUCAUAUAUGCUUGGUGGUUUGCAGUUAGUCUGAAGGGAUCGAAAUCACGUAAAUGUAUGGAUUCAAGGGUGCUAGAAUUUCUUCUUCGAUCACUGGUUUUUGUAUCCGAAACAUGGCUUUGUUUCAAUUCAUAUAUGUUAUAUGCUUCAAAGCAACCAUGGUUUCUUGUUCGACUUUUCUGAAGAUGAAAUCAUAGUAUCGGCCGCGUUGUAAAGGUUUCAAAAUAAAUGAAUCACUAUUCCUUGCAUCGUAAAGGUGUGAAAAA